ACGAACCACCACCGUCUCAUCACUCUCUCACUCUCCCUCCUUAAAUACCUCGCCUCUCCUCCCCUACUCUCGUCACAGCAGAAGCGAGCUAAGCUAAAGAAGCAGAGAAAGCAAGCAAGCAAGUCUCGUCAGAGACAAUGGCCAAGGACAUCGAGGCGGCGGCGGCGGCGCACGGGGGCGGGGGGGAGUACACGGCGAAGGACUACUCGGACCCGCCGCCGGCGCCGCUGGUGGACGCGGAGGAGCUGACCAAGUGGUCGCUGUACCGCGCGGUGAUCGCCGAGUUCGUGGCGACGCUGCUGUUCCUCUACAUCACGGUGGCGACGGUGAUCGGGUACAAGCACCAGACGGACGCGUCGUCGUCGGGCCCGGACGCGGCGUGCGGCGGCGUGGGGAUCCUCGGCAUCGCCUGGGCCUUCGGCGGCAUGAUCUUCAUCCUCGUCUACUGCACCGCGGGGGUGUCGGGCGGGCACAUCAACCCGGCCGUCACCUUCGGCCUCUUCCUGGCGCGCAAGGUCUCCCUGGUGCGCGCGCUGCUCUACAUCGUCGCGCAGUGCCUGGGCGCCAUCUGCGGCGUGGGGCUCGUCAAGGGAUUCCAGAGCGCCUUCUACGUGCGCUACGGCGGCGGCGCCAACGGGCUCAGCGACGGCUACUCCAAGGGCACCGGACUCGCCGCCGAGAUCAUCGGCACCUUCGUGCUCGUCUACACUGUCUUCUCCGCCACCGACCCCAAGCGCAACGCCCGUGACUCCCACGUCCCCGUGCUUGCUCCUCUCCCAAUCGGGUUCGCGGUGUUCAUGGUCCACCUAGCCACCAUCCCGAUCACCGGCACCGGCAUCAACCCGGCCAGGAGCUUGGGCGCUGCUGUCAUCUACAACAACGACAAGACCUGGGAUGACCACUGGAUCUUCUGGGUGGGUCCCUUCAUCGGCGCCGCCAUUGCCGCGGCGUAUCACCAGUACGUGCUGAGGGCCAGCGCCGCCAAGCUGGGAUCGUCUGCCUCCUUCAGCCGCUAGAUCGACCAUCGAUGGCCUCCCGCCGGACAAGGACACAACCGGAGGCGUGAACUGUAGAUAUAUCAGAGGCCGGCCUCCUCCACUGCACUCGUGAAUGCCUACGCUACGCGUGCGUCGUCGUUGGUUGCUUCUAGCCAUAUGCCGCAUUAUAUAUGCACGCCUUAUGAUCAGUUUGCGUAUGUAUUUUCCACUGCAUCUGCUUGCUUUUUUUUUCCCAAGCUAGUGUGAUUGUGCUGUUCUACGUACUUAUUAUCCGUGUACGACAACUGGGCAAAAAUGAAAAAGAAAAAUGAAUGCAUACAUAUAUUUAAGUUUUUUUUGAAGUA